AUGUCUACUAAGACAUCAUCCAGUGCUACUACAUCAACUAGAGAUCCUACAGCAUUCACUGAAACAACAGUGUCCAGCAAUGGUUUAGCAUUUAAUACUUCUGUAGCAUCUGCUGCCUCUUCAGCAUCCAUUAUAACAAUGUCUUCAGAUAGUAAGAUAUCAAAUACUAUGACAGCAUCUGUGGAAUCAUUAGGAUUUCCUGGAAGUACAACAACCACUGCAGCCUCUGAUAAUACUGCAGCAUCUAGUAACAAUACAGUAUCUUCUGCCACAACAAAACCCGGCGAUAAUACAGCAUCAUCUGCCACUACAACCUCUUCUGCAGUGACAGCAGUGCCUACUAAGACUACAGCAUCUAAUACUACCACAUCUGCCAAUACAGUGUUUGUCCACAGCACAGAAUCUGAUGCUACUACAGUGUUUGCUACUGCUGUAGGACCUAGUGUUACUACAACAUCUACUACCAAUACAACAGUUUAUGUUAGUGCAGCACCUAAUGCUACUUCGCCAUCAUUGGUACUUAAUGUCACUGCAACACCCAUUCAUACUAAUGUGUCUAUCAUUGUAACACAUUGUGCUAAUUCAAUGUCCAAAAACAUCACAUCAAAUGAUACUAAGGAGUCUACUAUCAUUUUAGCCUCCAAUGAUACAACAGCAUCUACUAGCACAGUAGUAUUCAAUACUACAAUAGUAACUAACACAGGGUCUGCUACCAAUACAGUAUCACAUGUUACAUUGUCUUCACCUAGUGCAGUGUCUACUAUCAAUGCAACCUCUAAUGACCACAUAGCAUCUACUGACACUAUAGCAUCCGAUGGUGCUGCAGAAUUUACCGAGACUCCAUAUAACACCUCAUCAGUAUCUAAUAUUCCUACAGGAUCUACUGCCCCUACAAAAUUCAAUGCUACUACAAUGCCUCCUGCCAUUACAGCAGCCAAUGGUACAGCAUCUGCAGACAAUACAGUAUCAAAUGCUAUUCUGUCUUCUAACAUUACAGCAUUUAAUGCAACCACAGCAUCUACAAAUGCUAUAACUUCAAAUGGUACAACCUCUACUAAAAUCAUAAUAUCCAAUACUACUAUAGUGUCUGUUACCAAUGUGGUAGCUACUGCCACUAUCACAUCUGCCAACAUCACUGCAUCUACUGCUACACCUGAAACUACUACAUCGUCUAACAGUACACUAUCCAACGAUAUAACAGUAUCAACUACCACUACAGCAGUCAGUGUUACUACAACAUCUGCCAACACUACAGCACCCAAGACUGCAUUACCAUCAACUAAUACAACAGCUACUAAUGCAGAUACAAUUUCUGCUAUCACAACAACGGUAAAAACAUCUUCAGUGUCUUCCAAAGAUACCACAACCAAUGCAACGUUUUCUGAUGCAGUAACAAAUUCCACUAUGUUGUAUACUGCCACCACAGCCUCAAGUGCUUCUACUGCCACUACAGCAAGGAAUGCUACUGUAGUGUCUAUUACCAUAAAAGAAUCUGUUCCUACUACAGUGUCAGCUACAAUAUCUAAUGAUACAGCAGUAUUGACUACUAAUGACAGUACAGUGCCACCCAAAUCUACUAUAGCAUCUAACAUUGCAACAUUUAACAACAAUACUAGAAUAUCGAAUUCUACUACAGUUUCUUCAACCAUAACAGUAUUGAGUUCAAUUGAAGACACUACUCACUCAACUGAAUCUGAAACUAUUACUGCAUCUGCCAUUACAAAUUCCAUGGAAACGGCAACAUCCAACAGAACUUCAACUACUGUCAAUCAAAUAUCUAGUGCUACCAUUACUGCAGCAGACAGAGCUACUUCAGCAUCUGCUGACACUACAGUAACUGAUGCUACCAUAGAGUCUACCAUUGCAUCCUACAAUAUAUCAGUAUCAAGUACCACUGAAGUGUUAGAUGCUACCACAGCUUCUAUUGACAUUGCAGCAUCUAAUGCUACAAUACCAUCUGUAACCACUACAUUAUCAAAACCUACUGAAGCAUCUACCCUCAUUAUGGAAUCCAGUGCUACCACAGAGUCUAUUAUUACAGGAGCAUCUACCGACACUGUGGCACUCAAUGCUACAGUGCCCACCAACACUACAACACUGAACGUUAAAACAUCUACCAACACCACAGCAUUCAAAGUUACAACAGGGUCUACUACCAAUGUAGUAUCCCAUGCUACCCCACAGUCAACUGACACUACAGCAUCCAGUGUAUUUGCUACUGCAACUACUUACACAACUGAAUCCAAUGCUGUUACAGCAUCUAAUACAGUACCCACCUUUAUUACAGUGCCUGCUAAAAUUACUACAUCCAAUGCUAGUACAGUGACAACUGGCACAACAACAUCUACCGCCUCAAAAUCAUCCAGUGUUACUACAGUUUAUAGUGCCACUAAAGUAUCCAAUUAUAUGUCAGUAUCUAGUGGCACUACAGCAACCAACAUAACGUUUGUUUUUGCUAACACUACAGCAUCAACUGACAGUAAAUCUUUUAAUGUCAGUACAAUAUAUGCUGACACCAUUGCCUCAACUGAAACCACAGCAUACAAUUCAGUUCCAGCAUCCACUGCUUCUACCAUUACAGCAUUCAAUGAUACUACAGUAUCUACCAACACUGUAGCACCCAAUCCUACUACAUCAUCGAGUGCCAUUUCAGUAUCCAAUGAUACUACAGUAUCUACCAGCAAUAUAGCAUCCACUCCUAUUAUAGUAUCUGCUGCUACAGCAAUCAAUUCUUCUACAGCAUCUACUGCUACAGAUAUAACAGAAUAUACUACCAUAAUAACGUACAAUGGAAGUGCAACAUCGACUGACACUUUAAUGACUAAUAUCACUAAAGAGUCUACUUCAACUACAGCAUUCAGUGAUACUGGAUCAACAGUCUCUACUGUUACUUCGACAUUCAAUAUUACUUUAGCAUCUACCAAUGCUUCAGUACCCUUCAGCAGAGCUACUUCAAAGUCUACUGCCACUACAGCAUCUACUGAAUCUACUGCCACUAAAUUCAGUUCUACUGCAGCAUCCACUGACACUACAAUAUUUAAUCCCACUGUAAUGUCUACUUCCACUGCAGCAUCUAACACAGGCACAAUGAUCAAGCAUACAAUGUCCAAUGUUACAAGAACUGCUACUGCAGUAACCAAUCAUACAACAUCUAUUAGCCCUCAAGCAUCAAAUACUACUGCAGUGUUUACAGCCACCACUUUGGCAUAUGUCAGUAAUGAUGCUUCAAAUUCUACUUCUGCAUUUACUGAAACUGCAGCAUCCACUACAGUAGCAACAUCUAACAUUAUAACUUCUACUGACAGUACAGAAUCCAAUGAUACAGCAGCAUCUACUAACACUAAAGCAACCGACACUACAGCAAUAGCUAUUGACAUAACAGUAUCUAAUGCUACAUCAUCUAGUAUCACUACAGUAUCCUAUGCUACAGCAACUUCUACUGACACUACAGAAUCUAAUGAUAUAUCAGCAUCUACUGUCACUACACGAUCCAAUGACACUAUGGCACUCAAUAAUACUGGAACAUUCAUUACUACUGACAUUACAGCAAUUUCUGGAACUACAACACCCUCAUUGGGUGCCAAUAUUACAUCAGAUGCAAGAACAUUGACCGAUAAUACAGUAUUUACCACAGUUACUAGUAACAAUGUUACAAUGGCAUCUACUGCCACUACAGCUGCUACCAAAACUAAAGCAUUUAAUGCUGCUGUUGCAUUCACUGACUCUAAAGCAUCUACUGAAAAUACAGUAUCAGAUGCUCCUACACUCAUUAAAUGUACUGCUGAAUUUACCGAAACGACAUCUGAAACUACUACAGAACCUGCUGUAUCUACAGUAUUUAAUACUACCAUAGCAUCUGUUGAAACUACAGCAUCCAUUGCUGCUUCCAAAAAUUUAGCUGAUGGAAUGUCUACUACAGCUGAGAUAACCAUCAACAAUGAAACGUCUAAAAACAAUGAACUGUCUACUACCACUGAAUUGACUACAAUUAGAAAAGCAAGCAGUACCACUGAAGUGUCUUCUACAUAUCUGGCCGAAUAUUCUAUAGCCACAGAAGAGUGCCUUACCAGUGAUACAUCUACUACCACUGAAACCUCCCCAGACAUGUUUACAUCCAUGGUGGCUUCUCCGGCUGCUGAGGAAUCUUCUAACCAAGAGACAUCAGCGGCUACUAGUUUCUUUGCCAUGGGGGCAUCAACAGAUAAUGAAACUUCCACUGUCACUGAGAUGUAUACUACUGGGCUCUCUACUGGAAUGUCUAAUACUAAUGAAGCAAUUACUGCCACAUUAGAAUCUUCAGCUUCUGUGGUAUCUAUCACUUCUGAAAAUUCUGCAGUCCUUGAAGCAUCUACAAAUAUGGAACUUACUAGUCGAGUCUCUACUCUUGCUGAAGCAUCUGCUACAACAGAAACGUCUACUUCUUUUGAAGUUCCUACUGCUACUGAGGCAUCUGCUAUCAUAUCUACUGCUUCGGAAAUCUCUACCAUUACUACUACAGAAGUGUCUACCGUCACUGAUUCUGAACUAUUAUCAUCACUGAAAUGUCAGCUAACAUAACAAAACCAAACAAUAUUAUAGUACCAACUACUGAAGAUAUACAGACCAGUGGUAAAGUUUCUACCACCACUGAAAUGUCCAAGAACUAUCCAAAGUCCAGCACUGAAGAACCUUUUA